AGGCGUGAGACGGCUGGGGAUACUCCAAGAAGCCCCUGGUCACCUCUGGAGACAAGGAUGAUCACCACAAAAGGACUGAUCCUCCUCUUCCUCCUGGGAGCCACGUCUGUUUUAGGUCAAAGACUUCUGAAACCAGCCUUCGGCAGGAUCCAGAUAGGACAGAAAACCUUCAGCCCGCUGGUCCUGCUCAGCUUGGAGAGUACAAGGAGCAGCUCUCGCAGGGGAAGCCCGACCUUCACCUACAUCAGACGCAGUCCGCUGGUGCAAGAUUCAAAAAGGUUUUUGUCCCCAUGGUCGAAAUGGAGCGAGUGCUCAGGAAAAUGUGGCCAAACCGGUGUGCAGAAGCGUACCAGAUCCUGCCUAGCUGAGCACCUUUGGGGCACGCACUGUAAUGAAGUGACCGAGGAAGGGCGGCUCUGCAUUGGACAUGUUUGCUCAGCCUGCAACAUCACCUGCCCCAUGGGCCGUGUCAACGCUGACUGUGACGCCUGCAUGUGUGAGGAUGCGACCCUACACGGGAAGGUCUCUCUCGAGGAUGGGUCACCCGCUGCCGAUGCCCGGGUCUACCUGCAAGCUGAGAAACUCAAGCUGUUGACAACAGCUGAUAACAGGGGCAUGUUUAGGAUCCCGGGGGUUUGUCCCGAUGGUAAAAACACCCUUAAAAUAAAGAAAGCCAAAUAUGCAACAGCAACUGUCACCGUGCCUGAGAGCACCAGAAGAAACCUGGCAAUCCAAGUGCAGCUGCAGCGAUCAGGCAAACCCUACAUUUUCAGGAGCCCUGAAGACAAAGCCAGGAGAGUGGGACAGAGCGUGUCACUCUGCUGCGAUGCCCGCGGUAGCCCAGCCCCUGACCGCUACCUCUGGUACCACAACGGCUCACUGCUGGAUCCUUCCUUAUACAAAUAUAAAAACAACCUGAUUCUGAAGAACUUGAACAGAGACCAGUCAGGAGAGUAUUUCUGCAAGGCCAGCAGUGCCGGGGGGUCGGCGAAGUCCCAACCUGCCAAACUUGCUGUCAUAGGAAGACAAGAGGCAGCCUGCAACUCCCAACCCCAAAGCUACCUCAUCCGCCUUCCGCAUGACUGCUUCCAAAAAGAAACCAACUCCUUCUACUACGACGUGGGCAAAUGCCCAGCAAAGACCUGUGCUGGGAAACUGGAUAAGGGACUCCGGUGUAAGGACAACAUUGCCUACUGCUGUGGGGUGUCCAAGAUGGAAACCAGAGAUAUCUCCUGCAACGGGUACACGCUCCCCACGAAAGUUGUUGUAGAAUGUGGCUGCAAAAAAUGCACCGAGACCAAAAUAACAGUUCGAGGCAGAGCCACAGCAGCAGAUAAUGGUGAGCCACUGAGGUUUGGCCACAUCUACAUGGGGAACAAGAGAGUGAGUAUGACUGGUUACAAGGGAACCUUCUCCAUCCACGUCCCAGCAGAUACAGAGAGACUGGUUCUAACUUUCGUUGACCGGCUGCAGAAGUUUGUGAACACAACAAAAGUUCUGCCUUUCAAGGAAAACGGAGGUGCUGUGUUUCAUGAGAUCAAGCUACUAAGAAAGAAAGCCCCUGUUACGCUGGAAUCCACCGAAACCAACGUGAUUUCCUUGGGAGAAAUGGAAGAUGAUCCCAUCGCCGAAUUAGAAAUCCCUCCCGAUGCGUUUUAUAGGAAAAAUGGAGAAGCCUACAGAGGCAAAGUGAAAGCCAGUGUGACAUUUCUGGAUCCAAGAAACAUCUCAACAGCUGCUGUGACACAAAGUGACCUGAACUUUGUAGAUGAGGAAGGAGACGUGUUCCCGCUCCGUACGUACGGCAUGUUCUCCGUGGACUUCACUGAUGAACAGGGCACCGAGUCUCUUAACGCAGAGGAGGUGAAAGUUCAUUUGGAUGCUACUCAGGUCAAGAUGUCAGAGCACCUGCAAGAGAUGAAGCUGUGGUCACUAAACCCAGAGACAGGAUUAUGGGAAGAAGAAGGGGACUUCAACCUUGAGAAAAGUAGACGGCGUAAAAGGGAGGAGAGAACUUUCCUGGUUGGGAACAUGGAGAUCAAAGAAAGGCGGCUUUUUAACCUGGAUGUCCCAGAGAGCAGACGCUGCUACGUCAAAGUCCGGGCGUAUCGAAGCGAGAGAUUUCUGCAAAGUGAGCAGAUCCAAGGGGUUGUCAUUUCUGUUAUAAACAUGGAGCCAGAAGCAGGGUUCUCCUCCAACCCCAGAGCGUGGGGCCGUUUUGACAGCGUGGUCACUGGUCCCAACGGCGCCUGCGUGCCCGCCUUCUGCGACGAGCAAAACCCCGAGGCCUACUCAGCUUAUCUCUUGGCAAGCCUUGGGGGUGAAGAGCUCGAAGCUGUGUCUUCUGCUCCUAAACUCAACCCUAACGCUAUUGGAGUCCCACAGUCGUACCUCAACAAGCUCAACUACAGGAGAACAGAUCAUGAGGACUCCAACACCAAGAAAACAGCGUUCAGCAUUAACAUGGCCAAGCCAAGCUCCAAUUCCCCCGAGGAGAACAACGGCCCUAUUUAUGCUUAUGAAAACCUAAGAGAAUGUGAGGAAGCUCCAUACAACGCCGCUCACUUCAGGUUUUACAGGAUAGAGGGAGACCGGUAUGACUACAACACCGUUCCCUUCAGUGAAGAUGAUCUCAUGAGCUGGACUGAUGACUACCUAGCGUGGUGGCCCAAGCCCAUGGAAUUUAGGGCCUGCUACAUUAAAGUAAAAAUAAAUGGACCCCAAGAAGUGAACGUAAGGUCUCGUAACAUGGGUGGGACGCAUCCCCGUACCAUUGGUAAGCUCUACGGCAUCAGGGAUGUCCGCAGCAUCCGUGACUCGGAGCAGCCCAACGUGUCAGCAGCCUGCCUGGAGUUCAAGUGCAGCGGGAUGCUCUUUGACCAAGACCGUGUGGAUCGCACACUCGUGAAAGUGGUCCCACAAGGCAGCUGCCGUCGCGAGAGCGUCAACAGCAUGCUCCACGAGUACCUGGUGAACCACCUCCCCAUGGCUACAAACAACGACUCCAGUGAGUACACAAUGCUGGCUCCUCUCGACCCACUGGGACACAAUUAUGGCAUCUACACCGUCACUGACCAAGACCCGAGGAUCGCCAAGGAAAUCGCCCUGGGUAGAUGUUUCGAUGGCACGUCCGAUGGCACCUCCAGAACAAUGAAGAGCAACGUUGGCGUUGGGUUGACUUUCACCUGUUCGGAGAGGAGCACGGCAGAGCAAAGCAUCACCCAGUCUCAGAGGAACUCGGGCCAGCAGUCCAUACUGGUUCUGCCAGGGGAGAGCCCUGCGUACCGAAGGCAGCCGGCAAACCGCCGCAUGGCCCAAAGCAGGAUCCCAAUGAGAGGUCAACGUUCUCCUACAUACUAG